GUGAGGAAAAAUGACACUCCCUCUUUCAAGUUUCACUUCCUCGUGAACAAACUUCAGCUCAGCCUACAUCAAAAACAGAAAUAUGAACGUGUUUGCGUCUAAGAAUCCAGCAAAGAUAAAGUUUGUAUAGCGUCAUGUUUAGUUUAUAUGCACAGCUGGUCAAGAUGCUAAGAUGAGUCAGUGGGGUGAAUAGUGGUAAAACUAAUUUACAGAAAGCUAAAUUAGAGUGCAUUGUUAUGGAAGAAGAUCUAGAAGCACAUGACCCCAAGGCAGUAGAUGCUAAAGAAGAGGUUUCUUCAGCUCCUGAACAAUCAUCUCUACAGCAGGAGAUUUCAUCUAGUAAUGAGGCUGAAGGGGGUUUUAGCGCCUCCUGUCUGACCACAGCAGAACUGCAGCAGCACUGGAGAGCCGUUAAGAGGGAGUUCAGAAGCGUUAAACUGCUGUUCGACAUCCCCACCGCGCGAAUCAUCGACCAAACAUUCACCAAAUAUGUGGUGUACCAGGUUGUGGUGAUCCGCUCAGGUAGUUACGACUGUGAGCGUGUAGCUAUCGAGCGACGCUACUCAGACUUCCUCCACCUUCAUCAGGAGCUCCUGCUGGACUUCAGCGCGGAAAUGGAGGACAUUGUGAUGCCCAGGAAGAAAAUAAGGGGCAACUUCUCAGAGGAGAACAUUGCAGAGCGGCGUGUGGCCCUCAGAGACUAUCUUACUCAGCUGUACUCCCUCCGUUUUGUCCGAAAAUCACAAGCAUUCCUAGCAUUCUUCACUCAUAAGGAAUUAAAACCUGCAUAUGACCUCCUGCGUGGGGGCCGCUUUUCCCGGGCGCUUGAGGGCCUCCAGAAAGUGUUGGUUCUUCAGGAAAAACUCUCUUCUCACAACCCUACUUUGGUGGUGCCAACGCUGUGUGCCAUACUGGUGUGUCAGAGGGAUCUAGAAGACUUUGACGCAGCUUUUCAAACUGGCAGAAGAGCUCUGCCCACGGUGAGACGCUACGAGCUCCAGCAGUAUCAAGGGCCCCUGCUGGAGGCUCUUGUUGAUUUGGGCUACAGUCUUGGGCUGCCUGUGGCCCAGUUACAGGACGAGCUGACCAGAAUGCAAGACUCGCCCAAUGGGCAGGUGUCAGAGAUGACCCUUAAAGAACUGGUGGUGCAAGAGUUUGUAUAAUCAGAAACAACAGCUAUUUAGUUGUUAACAAACCCAAAAAAUCUAACUUUAGUUGUUCUAUGUUAUCGGAUUAAUGAAUCUCACCUGAAAGAAAAUGCAAACAAAUGAAAAUCCCCAAUGAAUUUCCCACAGAGUUGGUUUGGGAUCUUUUGACAUGGACCCUAAAGAAACCACCCAAUCACCCAGAACAUCCACAUAUCAGUACCCAGACACCGUAAACAUGAGGAUAGUUUCUUUUGGCUUGGGCACGUGUUCUGACUUGUUCUGUAUUUAUAUUUUUAUGAGCCAUAUUUCUUUUGAUCUCAUAUUUUGUUUAUGCCACAAAUCUUUCCCAAUCAUUUUGGAUAAUUGUGCUACUGUGAAAUUGAAUGCCAAUUUUGCAAGUUAUUCUGGAUUGCUUUCACUGAUUAUGCGCACUUUUAAGCUAGUGUGUUGUUAUUAUUAACGAUACCUAAAAAUAUUCAAAUUAGUUUUUGUUAAGUGAAAUAUAAUUUUGAAAUAUGAUCAAAGCUGAAUUAAAAUAAAAUAUAUUAUACAAAUAACUUAAACUAAAAAAAUAAAAAAUAUAUUUUUUUUGUUUCUGUAAUUUAUAUAUUUACACUUUUUCAACACAGCAUCCUACAAGCAAAAACUGAGUGAACUGAUUCUCGCUUUGGGAAUGAGAAGUCCUGGUGUCAAAAUCCCGGACGAGCCCCCAAAUAAUGAUUUGUCUAUCAAUAUCAAUAUUGAAUAUAUUUUUGUGUCAAUAUAUUCUUUAUUUUGAACAGAUUUCUUUGUUUAAAAUCUCCAAAACAGUAUUUCAUUAAAUCAUGACAUACUAUGCUUGGGCACAGUACCAUACACAUACAGUAAUAGUCAAAGAACUGGGAGAGGAGUUUAAACAAAA